AGCUUGAAAAAAAAAAAAAUUGUAUGAUGCAAGAAUGAUGUUUCAUAAUAAUUUUAAGGUCGAAUUAAUAACAGUUUUAUUGAAAGCAGUUUCUGAGAUAGCAACCGUUCUAAAAAAAAAUGAAGUGACAAAGUAAAUAGAACAAUAAUGUGGCCAUGAACAUUUUCAAUUGAAUAAAGAACAGUAUGCAAAAUCAAUUGAAGUACAGACAUCCAUAUCAAUAUUUACAUUACUAUAAAAAUUUAACAAAUAUAUAUAUCGAACAAAUAAAUAAGCUAGGUUAUGUUCAGUGCUCCAAAAUCAUUACAGUCCUUUGCUAUCUCUCACACACAUUUAAACCCGAUUUACCAUGAUUAAAUGUCUUCGGGUCACUGGUAUUGAAGGAAAAACGGCCCUCUUUACUGAUUGUUGAUUUGAAAAAAAGAGAAAGUUCAGUUUAAUCCAUGGGAAUUUGUUGAAGUGUCAAAUAUUGAGAAAAGUGGGAGUGACAACUGUGCAGUCGACCUAACCCAACCUUAUCAUAAUCCGCAAGUAUAAUCGUCCAUGCGCUUCUUUCCGCGGUUUCGUUUUCGUUUACGGGCGGGAAAAUAUUAUUGUUGAAAAUGGUUUGCUGGAUUUUUCAGCGAAAUUUGACACCAUGAUUUUCUAGUUUGCCGUUUUUUUUCUUGCUAGAAGUUGUUGUAACGAUAGCGAAUCAUCAUGAAAUGUGUCAUACCGGGCGUCAGUUUAAAGUUUAUAGCAAGAGCUAUACACAUGUUCCUUAAAAUUGGAGAAGAGUUGUGUCUAGUACCAGAAGAGGAUCGCCUGUCCUUACGAAUAACAAAUGCAUGUAAUUCAGCAUAUGCAGAAGUAACAUUUCAUGAGCAAUUCUUCACGUAUUAUGCUUACGAAGACCAAGAUGCAAUUGAAGAUCUUAAGUGUAAAAUCACUAUCAAAAGUGCUAUGACAGUAUUUAAGUCACCUGCCUUACUUGAGAAACAAGUGGAAGCUUGCCAUGUUCAAAUAAGCCCCAAUGCUGAAAAAGUACUGUUCAUAAUGAAGUUUAAAAAUGGUAUCAUUAAAACUCAUUCCUUACCUGUGGUAGACACUGGCUCAGUGAAGGCUAAGUACAACAAGGAUGGAUUUGCCAACCAUUUACGUAUUCAACCCAAAGUCAUGAAUGAUGUAAUUCAAAAUUUUCAUAUAAAUUUAGUAGAAAUCACUAUUGAAGUUUUAGAAGAUAAGGCACUGAUAAGAAAUUACAUUGAUGAAAAUUCUAAUAUAUGCAAUGAAACUCGUACUCAACUCCAGUUUGGAGUAGGUGAAUUUGAUGAAUAUACAGUUGAAUCAGACACGGUUAUCACAUUUUGUCUAAAAGAAUUUAGAGCUAUUAUGGGUUUAACGGAUGCUAUUGCUCAGCCUAUUAAUAUACAUUUUGAUCGUCCUGGAAGGCCUGCAAUAUUUAUUUGUCAAAAUAAUGAUAUAGAAACCCAUUUAGUCCUUGCUACUCUUAAUCCAGAUUGUGACACUGGAUCACAAAGUACCACUUCUACAGCAGCAACAAACCUUGCACCAAAGAAAGCUCCAAGUAAAAGAGCUACAACAAGAGGAAGGGGAGCCAAAUCAUUCAGCAAAAAAUCGUUUAACAGUACUAAUAAAACAAAUAGGACUAAUGUCAACACUUCUACAAAUACCCCAGGUAUCGAAAACGCCGAUUCACCUGGGAGAAUCAGUGACUUCGGCGAUUCGCCGUCUCAGAACAAAAGAGAUUCCUUUGAUUCUUCUAGAACAACGAUUACUCCAAAAACAAGUGCCCAAAAGGGUACGACGAGUGGAAACAGUGAUAAGCCCAAUCCUUUUUCGUCUUUUCUAAAACGAAAGUCAGACCAAAAGAUUUCCAGUCCAACCAGAAAUAACGAUGAUAACGAAGAUCUCGUUCAGAAUUCACCACCGAGACAUCAAUCCAAGAGGGCAAAAUUGAUAUUCCAAAAGUGCUUUCAAUCGACAUUUGAUCCGCGAUUAUUGCCUGGUCAUAAUAAUGUCGAGGUUGAGGAUUCUGGCGAAGAAAGUAAUUAAUUUCGACGAAUAUCUUUAUUUAUGAUACAAAAGUUUGUACAAUAUUACUUAGUAUUUAUACGUAUUUAAAAGCCGCGCAUAAAAUGCAAAGCCGCGAAACGGCAUCACUUAUUUCUUAAGAAGGAAACAGUACGUUAUUUAUAUAACUGUUGUAUUGAUAAAUUCGAUAGAAUAACUUUAUUUUUAUAAUGUAAAUAAACUCGUUAAACCCACAUUGUAUGCACAGUUUCAACGUUCUUUUAAUAAACAAAGAAACGCAAUUUUCCG